AUGGAGAGUGACGAUCACCCAAUGGGGGAGGCUGAACCCGUGAAUGGCUCUGCUAGUACCGAAAUUGAUGGUGAAGGUGCUGCGUCCAAUUCCGCCAAUUACGACUCGGAGAGUGAGCCUGACGAGAAUUCUGUCGCCCUACAGCUGCUCCGUCGCCGCGGUCUACUUCCUACUGGAUGCUGCUACGAUGACCGCAUGAAACUCCAUAUGAAUGCAGACUUUAGCCCGAACACCCACCACCCGGAGGAUCCCAGGCGCAUUCAUGAAAUCUUCAAAGCCUUUAAAAAGAUGGGCCUCGUCUAUACCGGCCCGCAGUCUGAGCUGCCUCGAAUCGUCAAGGAGUCACCUACGAAGUACAUGUGGAGGAUUCCUGCCCGACCUGCCCGAAGAGACGAAAUCUGCCUAGCACAUUCCGCAGAACACUUGACAUGGGUUGAAAGCAUCGAUAAGUUGAGCUCCUCUGAGCUUCGUGCACUUACCAGACAGUUUGAUCAAGGGCGUGAGUCGUUGUAUGUUGGCAGCAUGUCUUACCCCGCCGCUUUGCUCUCUGCUGGCGGCGCCAUCGACACCUGCAAAAACGUUGUUGAGGGACAAGUUAAGAAUGCCUUUGCCGUCAUUCGGCCACCAGGACAUCAUGCAGAGUACGACCAGGCUAUGGGAUUUUGCUUCUUCAACAACGUGCCCGUGGCCGUACGUGUUUGUCAGCAAGAUUACCCUGAUAUCUGCCGCAAAGUUCUGAUCUUGGAUUGGGAUGUGCAUCACGGAAAUGGUGUUCAGAAUAUCUUUUACAACGACCCGAAUGUUCUCUACAUUUCAAUUCACGUAUAUCAAAACGGCUCUUUCUAUCCUGGGAAAUCGCCCGACCCCAGUGUUCCCGAUGGCGGAAUAGAAAACUGUGGCAUUGGACCGGGUCUCGGCAAGAACAUCAAUAUUGGGUGGCACGAUCAGGGAAUGGGUGAUGGAGAAUACAUGGCUGCUUUUGAAAAGCUUGUAAUGCCCAUCGCCAAGGAGUUUGACCCGGACUUGGUUGUCAUCUCGGCUGGCUUUGACGCUGCUGACGGAGACGAGCUGGGUGGUUGCUUCGUUACACCAUCAUGUUAUGCUCACAUGACACACAUGCUAAUGUCUCUCGCUGAAGGUAGGGUUGCUGUCUGCCUUGAGGGCGGUUAUAACUUGCAGGCUAUUUCCAACUCAGCAGUCGCUGUUGCACGAACUCUGAUGGGCGAGCCGCCGCCACGCAUGAAGAUUCCCAUGAUCAAUAAGGAGGCGGCGCGAACUUUAGCCAAGGUUCAGGCUUAUCAAGCUCCAUACUGGGAAUGCAUGCGGCCCGGUGUCAUCAAUGUCCCCGAAACGCAGUCGCUCGAUGGAAACCGCCUUCACGAUGUCAUACGCGUUGCGCAACAACAGGCGCUGCAGGCCAAACAUAACAUGGUACCGUUAUACGUACAGCGCGACCACAUUUCCAAGUCCUUCGAAAAUCAGGUUCUUGUUACCCCGAAUCUGCAGGACGCGAGACGUUUACUAGUGAUUAUUCAUGAUCCACCACAGCUGCUGGCGCAACCCGACGUUAUUGACGGGUCUUUGGAUAGCCACAACUCUUGGGUGGUGGAUGGCGUCACGCAAUAUAUUAACUGGGCCAUCGGGAAAAAGUUUGCAGUCAUGGACGUUAAUGUUCCAGCCUACGUAUCGCAGGAUGAGGAUAUGGAGGCCUUCAUUCCAGGAUUCAAGGAGCGAGCACUUCAGGAGCAGAUGCAGUCUCUCAUGUGCUAUCUAUGGGAUAAUUUUCUGCAGCUCAGUGAUGCGGAGGAAAUCUUCCUAAUGGGCGUUGGAGACGCAUACCUUGGUGUAAAGGUGCUUCUUAUUAACAGAGACUGCAAAACCAGAAUAUCUGGCGUCGUCAACUUUGUCACGGGCAGCUUGCGCCCUGUGAAAUCUGACAUUGAUACAGACCUUUCAUCCUGGUACAAAGAUAAUUCCCGUGUCUAUGUUGCGGGCGAUCACGCCUGCUGGUCGGAUUAUGAUUUGACGCGCAAGGUGCAGAAACGGCGCUUUGGUACUGUCGUGCGCAGCGAACUGACUGGGCUGAAUAAGAUGAUGCGCGCACAUGCGGAGGAGACGCACGAAUGGAUCCUGGGACGUGUUGCUGAUACCCGUGGAGAGACGACUGAGGAUGAGAAGUCGCCGCAAUGA